GGCUGGUGGGAAUGAGUGUGAUGGGGAGGGUGGGUCAGCAAGGGCCAGAAGCCAGUGGAAGAUUCUGUGCUUCAGCUUCCCGAACCAUGCUCUCGGGAUACACACAAGAGCACUCAGGUGCACACACUUCCAUGUGCACACCUGUUCACCCACCCAAGUACACUGACCCACAUGUACAUAUUCACACACUCAUGCCUGCAUGUGCACCCAUGUUCACACACACAUAGAAACAAACACACAAGCACACAUAGAACAUACACAACCCUGGCGGAAACAGGCUCAUGCAGUCACACAGCACACACAAACUCUCAGGCACAUAUGAGCCCGGUCAGAGCCGUUCACAACCCAUACAUGCUCCAUCGUGCACAGCCCUGCACAUACAAAGUACACACACAGUCAGAUAUUUGUAUACACACCGCAUUUGCAUGCACACUACAAACAUUCACAGUUACAUUCUUGCACAUGUAUUUUCACAUUCACAUGCACACACAGAGAGACACACAAACACGCAUGCAGAAGUCAUACCUGGAGAGAGAGACACACAUAUACAUUGUUACAUGCAGUACAUACACACACUCACACCUGCAAACACACUAGUGCAUGCAGUAUGCACACGCACACAUACUAUUGCACGCGGCACACUCCCACACUCCCCAUGCACCACAGACAACCCCAGCCGUGCUAUCACUUUGACGAAUCAUUCAGCAGCAAAGCACUCCUGCUUCCCCCACCCCAGCGGUUGAGUGUGGUGCUCUGCAGAGAAGCAUGAUGGACUCUGGCAUCCUCACUCCCAGGAUUGCUUCAGCUCUUCACUGCAGCUCCUGGGCUUGAGAGCAAAGCCAGGAGAGGAGGGAAGAUUACAUAGCAGAGCUGAAGUAACAGUGUACGGGGGGAUUCUUCUCCUGGAGGGGAGGGAGGCCAGGCCAGGGAGAUGUCUGAGCUGCAGCCAGGGAAAGUGAUGCGGACGGGGCAAGUCCUUGCCUUCCUCCUGAUCAGCCUGGCCUUCCUCUGGCUGCCUGCAGGCUCCAAGCGAGCCCCCAAGCUGCCCCCAUGUCCCCAGAGCUGCUCCUGCACCAGGGACACUGCCUUCUGCAUCGACUCCAAAGCUGUCCCCAGGAACCUGCCCACGGAGGUCAUUUCCCUAACCAUGGUGAACGCGGCCUUUACUGAAAUCAAAGCAGCAGCCUUCGCUCACAUCCCCCUCCUGCAGUUCCUAUUACUGAACUCCAACAAGUUUACGCUGAUCGGGGACGAUGCCUUCACUGGCCUCUCCCACCUGCAGUACCUGUUCAUUGAGAACAAUGACAUCCGCUCUCUGUCGAAAUUCACCUUCCGAGGGCUGAAGUCCCUGACACACCUAUCUUUGGCCAACAACAACCUGCAGACACUGCCCAGAGAUAUCUUCACACCCCUGGACAUCCUCAGUGACCUGGACCUCCGGGGCAACGCUUUGAUCUGUGACUGCAAAAUCAAGUGGUUGGUGGAUUGGGUGGAGAGGACCAAUGCCACGGUGCCUGCCACCUUCUGCAGCAGCCCUGUCCGCUACCAGGGGCAGAAGAUCUGGGACCUGGCCCUCAAGGACUUUGACUGCAUCACGACAGACUUCGUGGUGCACCAGGUCCUGCCAUUCCAGUCGGUGUCAGCUGAGCCCUUUGUCUACAGCAGUGACCUCUACGUAGCACUGGCCCAGCCCAGUGCCAGCAGCUGCACCAUCCUCAAGUGGGACUAUGUGGAGCGCAAGCUAAGGGACUUUGACCGCAUCCCUGCUCAUUCAGCCGUGUACUGCAAGCCCAUCGUGGCUCAGUCGCAGCUCUACGUGGUGGUGGCACAGCUCUUCGGCGGCUCCUACAUCUACCGGUGGGACACCAACGUGGACAAGUUCAUCAAGAUCCAGGACAUGGACAGCAGGAAGAUCCGCAAGCCCAAUGACAUCGAGGCCUUCCAGAUUGACGGCAACUGGUAUUUCGUCAUCGCCGACAGCUCCAAGGCUGGCUCCACCAGCCUCUACCGCUGGAACCAGAAUGGCUUCUACUCCCACCAGGCCCUGCACCCCUGGCACCGCGACACCGACGUGGAAUACGUGGAGAAUGAAGGCAAGCCCUGGCUCAUCAUCUCCAGCAGCUCCCAGGCCCCUGUCAUCUACCAGUGGAGCCGCACCCAGAAGCAGUUUGUGCAGCAGGGGGAGGUGGCUGAGAUAAUGGACGUGCAGCUGGUCAAGCACUUCAAGUUCAAGAAAGACAAUUACCUGUGCCUUAGCCGCUACAUCGGGGACUCCAAGGUGGUCAAGUGGGAGGGGCAGCGCUUCACCGAGCUGCAGACUCUGCCCUCACGGGGCUCCAUGGUCAUGCAACCCUUCCUGGUGUCCCAGCGCCAGUACAUGGUGCUGGGCAGCGACUUCUCCUUCACCCACGUUUACCUCUGGCACGAGGAGAAGCAGAAGUUUGUCAAGUUCCAGGAACUCUCUGUCCAAGCCCCCCGGGCCUUCCACUACGUCCCCUUGGAGGACAUGGAUGUCCUGCUGGCCCCCAGCUUCAAGAGCAGCACGCUAGUCUACAGGCACGUUGUGGUGGACCUCAGCUUGUAGGGGGUGCCCCUGCCGCCUGCCCAGCUCCCUGCCUCACGCCUAGAUACUGUGCAGAGAAAAUGUUCUUCCACUUGCAACACCCCUGAAGCAGGGGACUCCAGCGCCCUGCCUCUCCUCAGGCUAAGGCUUCCUGUCUGUGCCCAUGUGCUGCCCCACAGCCAUAUCCAGGGACAGGUCCAGAAUACAUACAUACUCACACAGACCCAUGAGUAUAUGCAUACCCAGCACACAUUCCAUCCAGACACUUGUAUUCAUGAGUGUAUCCUCACCACAGUCAUCUCUCAUUAGAUAAACUCAUACCCACAUGCCCUCCAGCAUCUCAUACACAUUGCAUUCCUGCCCAUCUGCCUUCAGCGUGCGCAUACUCCAACACCCCCACGUACACUCCUUCCCAGUCUUCUAGCCAUACCAUGUGCAUCUACACUCACUCUUUAUAUGUCCAUGCAAUCCCUGUGCACCCCAUUAGGAACAAACACACGUUCCUGCACCCCUUACCCUCACAUCCAUCUCCCCGCAUCGUGUCUGAUAUUCAUGCCUAUAUACUGCCAUGCAUGGACACCCACGUCCAUGUACACCCUCAGAUCCAUGACUGUUCAAAUCCACUCUCACUACUGCACUUUCCACGCACACACAGCUACUCCCGUGUGCACAUUCUUAUGGGCGAACCCAGAUUCGGUGCAUUGGCGGUGCACCACAUCACGCUGCCUCUCCCACCCACCGACACACACAUACAUCCGUGUAUCCGUCACCCCGAACCCUCCCUGCAGUUCCCUUUGCACACAUGCUCCUGUCCCCAUAGACAGCGCUGGGGAACAGGCCUGGAAGAAGAAAGUCCCUUGUCGUGACUUCUCCCGAACUCUUCCAGCAGCCUCUGCCGCACUUCCUGUAGCCAUCACCCAUGUUCCGACUGUAGAGGUACUGCUCUGGGCAGCUGCACCACUCCUGAGACCACCUGAUCCCCUUUGUCUCCUGCACCCACCCUGCAAGAGGGCUCUUUGGAAGUGUGCCCAGUGGCAACAUCAGCCCAGAUUGUCCCAGCUUCCUCAGUGAGCUGCCUUCCAAGGCCUUCUGGGAGCUAAUGAAAGUAUAGAGGCACCCUUUGUACCUCCCCCACUUUACUGCAGUGACCUGCUUUGCUUCCCUCCAGGCAUCGUCUCUCUGUCAAGCUGCAGGGGGCAACAUUGUCCAGUGGUUAUCGUAAGGGACUGGGGCUCAGGAGUCCAGGCUUGGCUUUUCCACUGAGCUGCUGUGUGACCUUGGGUAAAUUGCUGUGCCUCAGUUUCCCCUUCUGUAAAAGGGUGAUACCGUUGCUCGGCCUCCUUUGUGAUCUGCAGACAGGAAGAGCUAUCAGCAUGCUAGCUAUCAAGACUAGUGCAUGAGCCCAUGUGCCUUGGGCGCAUAAAUCCCAAGAGGGAUCAGAGGGUCAGAGAGCAAGCGCUAGUGCACAACUCUAGUGCCCGUGCCCAAAACACCAUCCCCGUGCAUAUGCACCGAUGCACAAUCCCAGAGCAGAAAUGUAGUGCGUCUGCUCCCGUGCACAAUCCUGCUGCAUAAGCACCAGUGCAUCUUUCAGGGCAGGCUGGGAUGAGCAGCUAAAGGGAAAUAAGCCUGUGCUGCUUUGUGUAGCGUGCGGAUUUCUAUCCUGCUUUCGCUUGCCUUGAGCAUACAUGGCUCAAGUUAAACAGAAUUGCUGACAGCCGCAGCGACAGGGAGUGACAGGAGAGACUCCUCCAGGGAGUCACAUGUCCCAUACAAGAGGGACUGGAGAGAAGGAAGCCAGGGUUUCCUGAACUACCAAGUUUCAAUUUGUUAGUCUCUAAGGUGCCACAAGUACUCCUUUUUUGAACUACCAAGUUUCAGCCCACCCAGCUCCUGUCGUGAUCCCAGCGCUGGCUCUGCCUGGCCUUUGAUGUUUAUGGAUCAACAGCCACAGGGCCCAAAUCAUCUCUCGGUCUCACUAGUAUGUUCCCCACUGACAGGGUGGAGUCGCGUCAGUGUCAGUGAUAGGAGCAAUUGUCCCCUGUAUUCUACUCAGGGAGAUAGAAUUUCCUCCUCCAGGCUGAUUCUCAUUCACCCCUGAGCCCCUUUACACCACAUGCCCAAAGAGCACGUAACUAAUCGACUCCCAUGUGGAGGCCAGGUUGGCACGAAGGGGCUGUAGUGUCCACAAGAAUCAGACCCGUAGUGUCUCAAUGUCCCCUUUGUCUCUAGUGCAUCACCGGGGAUUGGAGCAAAGAUCCCAGUUUGCUCUGUGAUUCUGUAUGUCCCAGGCAUUGGUAGGAGGCACAGAGCAGCUCAGCUGGCGAUCGUUUCCCAGCUGUCGGAAAAGCCUGCACAUCUACAAGACGUGCAGCGAGGAGCCCUCCCUUCAUACUGUGCUUAUUUCCUUUGAUCAUCAGAGAGGGAAUGGGGACUGGUUCCCUGUGCCCGGUUUGCUGAUAUCCUGCUUGUGUGUUGGGGAAAUGAGACCCUGUUCCUCCUCACUUCCUCGCAGGGUGCCUAGAGAUGGGGAACAUCAGAAAGUUCUGCUCCAAACCCCCUCUCCUCUGGGGUCUCUGGGCCUCUUGCAAGUGCAGACCUCAAAGGCAGGGGGCUUUCUGGUGGGUCGGAACCAGGGAAAAGGAACUUUGGAGUUGGUUUUGGUGCUUCAUCUCCUGGGAGGCUAACCAGGCAAAGGCAUCUGUUUCCCAUUACGUCUCUCUGUUUAUUCAUCUAUAUGCUAUCAGACUAGCCCCAUCUCUAUCCGUUUGUUUCUAUGGCUCAUGUCCUCAAAAGUCUUUAGGUGCCUAAUUCCCAUUGAAAUCAAAAGGAGGUAGGCACCUAAAUACCUUUGAGGAUCUGGGCCUCUAUCCCUACUUAUCCCUCCUUUCCCCCAACAGUUUGGUCAUGCAAAGCGUGGAAGAGCUGAGGAUGGACUAUGUGUCGCCUCCUCCUGCCUGUGGGUGUGGUUUCACACAGGAGAUAAAAGCCUACUAUUGCUGCUAACUGCGGGAAUUAUCCCUUUAGCUCAUGUGCUUUUAGCACUGAUGGCUCCAGGUUCAAACCCUGCAGGUUGUUACUGGUGGAGGACAGGUUGUUACUUUUGCAGUAGGGAUACCUAGAAAGAAGGGGAAGGCUGAUCAGCAGGUGAGGGCUUCAGGAGGGUUCCCCUAUCCCUAACAGAGAAUGAGGCUGAGCUCUUCAGGCAUAAGUGAUCUCGCCUGUCCUAACCAAUUUACUCCUGAGCAGCAGUGCCCCAGUCUCAAACCCGCCUUCCCCUGCAACUCCCACAGGCCCUGAUCCUCCUCCCAUUGGAACGAGUGGCACAGCUCCCGCAGACUCCAGUGGGAGCAGGAGCAGGCUCAGGGGAGCCUGCUGUCAGUGUGCAGUGACCCCAUCAGCAGCCUCCUGUUCCCCUCACUCUCCAGCUGGAGAGAGGAGCAGCCCUGAGGUUCUUUCGCCAUCUGCUGGGGAGUGGUGACAGGGAUGGCCUGACUCUGGUGUGCAAGGGCUGGAGGGGGGGGAGGAGGGCGGGCUCCACAUGCUGUUCUCUCAUCAGCUGCCUGUAGUUUCCCUCUCGGCCACACUGCCCCUCUCCCCAGCCCCCCAGAGCAGGAUGCUCUCUGCAUACGACUUAUAACCAAGGUGUACGAGCUCUACCGAAAUGCUUCCGAAAAUAAACGCACUAUGACACU